GUCAUGAGCAGAGGGUGUUGGUUCAUCUCCCUCCUGCCUGUUGUAUACGUCUGAUGCGGAAGUGUCACACUUCUGCAGCAUCUCAUUGUAUCUAUAGCAGCUCCUGAAACUUUCGCUUUACUUCUUGCAGGGUCUGAACAACGAGCGCAGCGCACGUCAUCACAGAAACUGAGCCCCCUCUGCUCGCCGACAACAGCGAAACUUUGCUUCAGAAACAGCGAACGAGAGAUCCGAGUGCUGCGAAGACGCCAUGAGCGCAACGAAGGAAAAUCCUGCCCCAGGCACGACUCAGCCACCCAAGACGGAGUCAUCGGGUCCGCCAGACAGCAGCGCGGCCAAGGCGUUCCACGACAGCCUCUCCUCUAAGAAAAAGCCCAAACUGCCCAAGCCGCAGACUGCAAUAACCAUCGCAGUGUCAUCCCGUGUCCUGUUCAACAUGGUGGACGAGAGGAAGAUGUAUGAGGAUGAAGGUGUAGAGAAAUAUGUCCUCUAUCAACAGGAACAUGAAGAAGAACCUCUGAAGCCAGGUCCUGCGUUCCCCUUUGUAAAGGCGGUGGAGGAGGUGAAUGGGCAGCUACGAGAACUGUACCCAGAUAGCGAAGAACUCUUUGAUAUCGUGCUGAUGACCAAUAACCACGCCCAGGUUGGUGUACGGCUCAUAAACACCAUCAAUCAUUAUGGUCUGAAUAUUGAGCGAUUCUGCAUGACUGGAGGGAAAAGCCCCAUUGGCUAUCUGAAAGCUUACCUCACUAACCUGUACCUCUCGUCAGACUCUGAGAAAGUACAAGAGGCCAUUGAAGCAGGUAUUGCAGCUGCCACCAUGUUCACACCAAAGCGAGACAUUGUCCUGCCGGAGAAGGAAAUGCGAGUAGCAUUUGAUGGAGACGCAGUCCUGUUCUCUGACGAGUCUGAACAGAUAGUAAAAGAAAGGGGUUUGGAUUCAUUUUUUGAACAUGAAAAACUAUUUGAGAACAAUCCAUUGGCCCAGGGUCCACUGAAAUGCUUCCUGGAGGCACUAGGAAAGCUUCAAAGGAAGUUUCAUGCUAAAGAUGCAAGGCUUAAAUGCCCUAUAAGGACCUACCUUGUGACAGCUAGGAGUGCUGCCAGCUCUGGGGCCCGAGCCUUGAAGACCUUACGCGCCUGGGGCUUGGAGAUAGAUGAAGCCCUUUUCCUGGCAGGAGCCCCAAAAGGACCCAUCUUGGACAAAAUACGACCUCAUCUUUUCUUUGAUGACCAAAUGUUUCACAUAGAAGGUGCACACGAGUUAGGUACUAUUGCAGCCCAUGUCCCUUACGGGAUUGGCCAGAAGUACCACAAAUCAGCCAAAAAGGAGGAACCUAAAACUGAGGAGCCUAAAAAGGAAGAGCCUAUUAAGGAAGAACCUAAUAAGGAGGAAUCUAAAAAAGAGGGGCCUAAAAAAGAGGAGCCUAAAAAGGAACAUGCAAAGAAAUAGAAAUAAUAGUGUUAGUAUUGUUAACAAGAUUUAGCUCUUGCUGAUAUGGUGUAUUUUACAAAUAUUUUAAAGCACAUUCCCUAAUCCCUCAAAUGUCUAAGAUAAUGUUAAUCAUGCUUGUCACUUGUCAAAAAAAUAGGUCCAUGUUAGCGUGGUUGUUUACAUAUACUGUAUAUAUAUAUAUAUAUAUAUAUAUAUAUAUAUAUAUAUAUAUGUAUAUGGUCUUAGACUUUACCCAGCCCUUCGCUCUCUUGUGGAAGUUAAUGAGCUGAGGUUUGUAAAUCACUAAUAUUACUUUAUAAAUAGGAGGAAAGAGUUUAACACUUUCAUAGUGGACUUUAUUUUAUAACAAUGGAUAGCAGUGGUGUGCAGCAACCUUCUAGGGCCAACUCUAGGUCAUCUACCCGAACAGACUCCUCCUAUUAUUAUUUUUUUAAGUUUAGGCUAAGCAAGCAUUGUGUCUAGAUCAUAAGCAGACACCUAUGGCAUAGAAUUGUAAAGAGUAGCAAGGAUUGGAUUGACACCUUCCCAACCUAAAACAGAAGUCAUAUGUUGGUGGUCAUAGUCACACUAAUGAAGGCCAUGCAUGGGUUGAAUUCUGAAAGAAUUUUCUUUUGAAAACCUUAUCUAAGAAUUUUCGUGUGAAUUUCGCACCAUUAGUGGGCCACAGCAAUUUUCAUGCGGCCAUCGAGUUUGAGUGAUCAGACAUUUUUGAUUUUUUUUUUAAAUGCAAAUGAUUUUUUAAAUCAAUGGUGGGAGAAUCAUGUGAGAAAUAUAAUGGAAAAAGAAAUGCUCAUGAGUGCAAGAAAAUAAAAUUACCAGAAAAGAAUAAAAUUCUGUAGCCACAUGAGGUGAAACUGAAGGCUUGGUUGGUCGAAUUUCAAAAUGGAUGGUGGCACGAUCGGAUCACAAAACACACAAAAUUUCUGAUUUUUUUAAAGAAAAUUGGUUCGGAAUUCGACCUAUGCAUAAGAAUCUUUGCCGCUGAAACUGCUUGCAUAUGUAAAUUAUCUCAAAUUUAGGGGUAGCUCAAGGCUACAUAUAUAUAUAUAUAUAUAUAUAUUAUGUGAUUUUAUGUUCAGUUCAGUCAUAUACAUGUAAUAAUAAUUCUGUUUAUAGAAGUGUCUGUAUAAGUUCAUACUUUGUAGAUCAGCUUUAGAGAUGACCCUAUAUAUCAAAGGAUGAGGAUAUGCAAAAAUGUGAUACAGCCUGCCAUAGGUCUCUUUCAAACAGCUUAUGACAUAGAUGCAGAUGCUUGCAUUUGCCCAAACGUUAAUGUUUAUUUCAGAUGGGAGGGUCAUGCUAACAUCUCCAGCACUGGCCUUUUUUGGAAUGAACAUUAGCAAUUGGUCAAUAUUUUCCAACCUGUCAAAGAAAAUUUUCCCCACAACAUGUCACAUCUGGGGGUGUGUACAGAUACCCAAAGGCAUGUGAUCAUUACUUAAUUCAUCACUUUGGUCAGAUCCUCCAAUUUCUAAGGCCAAUGUGUGACCCUGAACAUAGACGUCCAUUAGGCUUUGUAGCACAGCAAUAUAUGUUGUGUAGCUGUACAAGAAGUGUUGCUGACUUAGAUUUCUACUCAUGGAAAGAGAAGGAAGGAGGACAUGAUUUGCCUGAAAACAUGCUGCAGGUGCUGAAUAUCUCAGGGAAGUGUAAUAGUCUGAUCCAUUAAAACCUACAUUAUCUGGGAGGACUCCUAGCUCUGACAACAUCACCCUAAAACAUAACUGCACAAAUGCUUAAAACAAUUAAAUCAGCAUCAGGUGGCCAUAUAUAAAUAACUAUUUAGUACAGGCAUUCUAUAAUUGCACUGUGCAGCCUGCUUGCAGUUUUGAGACUCAUCUGCAACUUCUCACAGCUGGGUUAUGGUAGUACUGGGCUAUGUCUACAAGCUAAAGACAAGUGGGCUGGGUCUGCCCUAGGCUGGCAGUCGUCCGCUAUGACCCAGGCCAUGGUCACUUAAUUUUCAAUAGCACUCACCCCGAUGCUUGCUGUGUGAAUAUUGAAGAUGUCUACUGUACAUUGCAAGAGAAGAAGGAUUAGUUUAAGUUUUUGUCCGUUAUUAAUUGCAAAAUCCUCAAGUUGGAUUGUUAUUUGAACAGUUAUCCUUUAUAACUGCAAAACAUCAAUAUUAGUAUGUGAGCUUGAGGCUAAAUUGCCUUGCUUGUAGUAAUGAGAAUGGUAAUUUUGGAUGUCUAAUGCCCCGUACACACGAUCGGAUUUCCCGUCGGAAAUAUCUGGCCUACCAAAUUACUCAAAACUGGUCGCACCAGUCAAUUUAUAGGCUGUGAAAAAUGGUUCUCUGCACUGUGAGCUUUAUGAAAAUUAUACAAGUACAUAAGCUAAAUGUCAGCCCAUACAAGAUGAAUUGGUGAUGGGGUGAAUGUGUUCAAUCGCCUCCAGACACUUUUUUUUUUAUCUUUCUGCUGUGGCAUUCCACUGUGAAUGCUGGAUUCAUUUUGGAAAUAUCUCUUCAUCAUGGUCCUAGUAUGUGAAUGCAGCUGGGCACACAGUUGCAGAUGAACUGCCGCUAAAACUACACAUAGAUUCUACAACCUGUUGGGUGACACUGUAACAAUUCUAAAACACUGCAUAUCAUUUUGAAUUGAGUAAUUAUCUACUGCUGUAUAUAUCAGAACUAUUGCCUUUCGAUAAACAGAUCAUUUUAGCAUAACUUACUUAUUUUUGUCAUUAUGUGUGACUUUUGUGUUUGCCAUAAACUUUUAUAUGUUUUCUAUAAGCACUGAAACAGGGAUGUACCAAAUUCACAUAGAUUACUUGUGAAAGUUAGAACCAUAUUUAAAGUGCACCUGCAACCAGAACAUAGGAAGAGGCAAUGAUUUGCUUAGUUUAGCCUAGUCUACUAGGAAGUAAUGACAAUGUAACUCAGGACUGACCGUUCCUAAAACAAGAACCUUCUUUGUUGUCCAAAGCAACCCAUUGGAAUGCCCAUUCUAUUCUUCAUGUUAUCAAAUACUGCUGCUGUUUUACACAGAACUCAAGGCACUAGAGCAAACUUUCUAAACAAGGGGCCAGUUUACUGUCCUUCAGACAUUAGGGGGGUGCAGACUGUGGCCAUUGGGAGUAGAAAAAGGAUGGAAGUCAGUGUGGAAAAAACAAUGCAUCCAUCUUUAAUAUCAUGUGUGAGGAAUUGUGCCCUAUUGUUGGUGUCAUUGGGAGCAAUUGUGUAGAGUCACUGGGGUGGGGAUGUUGUGCUCCAUUGUUGGUUUCAGUGGAUAAAAUAGUGCCCCAAGGGCUGGAUAAAAUCAGGCAAAGGGCUUGAGAAACAUAGGGUGUUAACUAUUUUGCCUACCAUUCUUUGUAUCUACCCCUGGAACUGGGUGUUCACCAAUCGUUCUACUGUUCCUCUGACCACCAAUGCCUAUGCCUGGUCGUCUUGGACUAUGGAGGAUUUUGUUAUCAUGUACAUUAUGUUGGCAGACUUGAAGAGGUGCACACUUGCCCAGUAAUACUACUAAGUCUUGAUUGACAGCAGUGUUUCCUAGGAGUGCUGAGAUAUUGUGUUGGGCCACCCAAGAAAUUGCCUCCAGUGUGUCUAGAAUAUGGGGCCACUGCACUGAGAAAUGUUAUGCAGUGAAGCUAUCUUCCUCAACCCCUUGGUCAUGCAAUGUACUGUAAAUUCAAAAUUCACAUGACCCAAGGGUAUUGAAAGAAAUGCUUUUCAGCAUUACUGGAAUUCAGCUUCAAUUGUAACUAACACAAAGUUUAAUUCACCAACUAUACUCAUUACUCAUUUUAUCUUGACACAAAUUCUGGUUGCCCUUUAGUUAAUUUUUAGCUAGUUAGAUUUCUGUUUUUAUCCAAGUUCUUUUUUGACUGGUUUUAUACUACUUUUUAUUGCUGGAUACUCUUUUUUUUACAAAGGAUUAAAAAAUAUAGUAUGUUUUGUAUUGCUAGGUGAAAUUAGUCUUUAAUAGUGCAGGAUUGAGAGUUAUUACUAAAAUGUUUUCUCUUA